CUUGGAAACAUUUGAAUUUCUGCCCUUUGCGUGUCAGCCAAGACGUCCAUUCCAGUGUACCUACUACUAGAUACGUACUUCAUCCAUAAAUACCUGUAGAGAGCUAAAUUGCAUGCUAAAAAGAAGGGACCUACCUACCCGACCUAGGUAACCUGUCAGGAGUUUAUGUAGGUACUUGCUUAGGUACUUACUUUGGGUAUUCGGUGUCAAUCAAGGACGAAGCUUCCACUUCGCAUCAUUGCCAGUUUCUGGAAACCCUCCAGUGAUAUGCCUGAAGUCAGUUGAAUCUACCUGUGCGCGCCUUAACUCCAUCUUCAGCUCAAGGCAUAAAAAGAAUGAAUGCGACAUGUCGAUAGAGCUGAACUGGGAUACGCUAACAGGGGGACCUGACGGUGCUGCCUUGGCAGAGCGUAUCCGUGAUUUCAUCCACGUCAAAUUCCAGGCUGUGCCCUUGCCGCGCUUCAUCAAGUCCGUCACCGUCCACGAGUUUGACUUUGGGAAAAUCCCCCCCUCCGUGGUUCUCAAGGACAUAUGUGACCCUCUGCCUGACUUCUACGAAGAGGACUACGAGCCCGACGAAGAAGACGACGCUGAGGGCGAUGACGACGAUGACGACGGCGUGCCAGAUGCUAUACGCACUGCAGAGCGAAGGCGUAGGGCUGAGAAGCGCGCUCGGGAUGGGGGAGCCGGCGACCAUGUUCCCGCCGGGGGCCAAGGCGGUGCCAGCGGAGCUGCGACGCCGUUCAGCGAGGGCUUCUUCCCGCCGCAUAUUCACAUUGCCGGCCUCAGAAAUGCACCUGGACCAGCUGAUCUAAGUAGCCCGUUUCUCGGCCUAGGAGUACCGCCACAUGGGAUGCCUGGCGGCCCUUCUACAAUGCAUUAUUUUCAGUCGAAACUCAUGUCCGGUACCCAGACACCACUGGCCGCUGUCGCCGGCGCACAUCGUCUGAGCGGCUGGCUCGACGCGACCGCUCAAUCGCGAGCACAAUCAAGUCCUACUCACCUCUCUGCGGCGUCGAACUCGGUCCACGGAAGGCACCUGUCGCAGGGUUCUAUAUCAGUGGAGAACUACCCGAAUUCGUUAAUGGUGCCACAGACACUAGGAGAAAAGCACAGCGUCUCAACAUUGUCGCCGACGGCAUCGCGCCCGCCUACCCGCGACGCGGGGACAAGUCCACGCCUAGGAUCAGGCUUUGAAGCGCGUUUUGGAAACGACGCUUCGCGUACCUAUGCUAGAUCCAAGGCAACCGUAGCCGUGGAAGAUGAAGACGACGAUGACGAAGGUGGCGAAAGAUUUCACCAGGAGCCACGGCCCGACGACAUGCAAGCGGUUUUCCGCAUCCGAUACGCGGGGGAUGUGCGGCUUGAGCUGACGGCCAUGAUCCUCCUCGACUACCCGAUGCCAAGCUUCGUGGGGAUCCCGUUAAAGCUUAACAUCACCGGCCUGACGUUCGACGGUGUGGGUGUCAUCGCAUACAUUAGGAAGCGUGUGCAUUUUUGCUUCCUCAGCCCCGAGGACGCGGUUGCUGCCGUUGGUGAAGAUGACGACGGCGAAGAAGAUGAGGCGGGGGCUCAGAUGGCGGGGUAUGCGCAUGCUAGACCCGGUCAUCAGAGUACGGGCAGCGAGGACAGGACACAUAGCUCACCCGGCCCAAAGGGCAAGGGGAGAGUAGGUGGCUUACUUCAGGAGAUUCGUGUUGAGAGCGAGAUCGGACAGCGCGAGGGUACGAAGCAGAGCCUGAAGAACGUGGGUAAGGUCGAGAAGUUCGUACUCGAGCAAGUCCGACGGAUAUUUGAAGAAGAAUUCGUAUAUCCUAGUUUUUGGACAUUCUUGGUUUAGAGCUUGUAUGACUAGAGAAGUGAGGUUCGGUAGUAUUAACGCCGUAUAGAUUGAACGGGGGCCUUAUCAUUGGCACACAGCGUUAUAGAGGUUACGAAAAAUACGAACCCAAUACACUCUGGGUCUGGACUACCCAUAGUAUAGAAUGUAUCAUCUCUCACUAGUUGAACAUAGCCUUCAACAGUCAAGCAAUGUAAGCAAAACAUCGGACUAUAUAUAAGUUGCUAGCGCAGUGAUACUUAUAUACUGACCUAUGUAAAAAUCGGAUAUAUGUGCUACCUGCUAUUACAAGGCCAAUUAUAU